CACACGCACUAACAAAAAAGGUUAGUUCCUGGUCCACAUAAUUAUACCAAAAUAUAAGUGGAGGAGCAUGGAACCAAAAAAAAAUAAUCAAGAGAAAAAAGAAAAGAGAAUGGGGAACAACAUAGGAGGAAUUAAGAAGAAGACAAAGGUGAUGAAGAUGAACGGCGAAAUCUUGAAACUGAACACACCAAUAACAACCUCAGACGUAGUUAAAGAUUACCCAGGUCAUGUUUUAUUGGAAUAUGAACAAGUGAAGAAAUUUGGUAUUAGAGCUAAGCCAUUAGAGCCAGAACAACAGCUGAAGCCGAGCAAAAUAUAUUUUCUUGUAGAAUUGCCUAUGUUUCCUAAAGAGGAAAUUACUACUAGUAAGGUUACAAGAAGGGUGAAAUCUGCUGUUCAUAUGAGCGCACAGGACCGGCUGGAAUGCCUUAUGCUGAGCCGAAGAUCGGCUUCGGAUUUAUCGAUUUCGAAGCCGAGUAGUAAUGGAGCUGUAGUUCAGAUGAAGAUGAAGCUGCCGAGAAGUGUAGUACAAAAGUUGAUUGAAGAAAGCAGAGAUGAAACAGAGGUGGCUGAGAAAAUUAUGGAUCUUUGUAUGCCCAAUUCCAGUUAUGACUGUUAGUUUUUUUUUUUUUUUUUUGCUUAAUUGGUUUGCUCUAGGGUCAAAUUUAGUUUCAAGAAUUGCAUAUAGUUUUACAGGAACUUCUGCUUGUUUUUUUUUUCUUUUAAAAAACACAACUGUUUAUUUGCUGGUAAUGUUGUUAUAAGUAUUGAUCUUCUUUGUUCACUUUUUGUCUUUUGUGUUUUAACUUUUUUUUCCCUCUGUUACAAGAGGAUUAAGUGUGUAGGAAAAAUAAGAUGGAUAAUUUGGUGGUUUAGCUGAGGAUUGAGAUCAUUUCAGACCAUUCGUCAAGGAUGACAGCUAUAUUCUUGUAGCCCUUAUCCGUGCCACUUCUCUUUUGUUUUUUUCUCUGUGUCCAAAUUUAUCUGGCACCAGCGUCACUACGUGGAUUUUCUUUUUCAGUUUUGCCGUAACUUUGAGCGAAGAGUUUAUUAAAAAAUAAUAUUUUUAUUUUUUAAAGAGUAUUAAAAUUUAUUGUCUGCUUACACUUUAUCAUUUUCAGAUCUUACCUACCUGGGAAUUACUCUCGAUUUUACCACUUUCAGAUCUCACCUGGGAAUUACUCUCGAUUUGUUGUUGGUGUUGUUGCCAUUACCACAACUUGUUGGAAUCUACUGAGUACUGAAUGCAUAAAAACAAACUAAAUUUGGUAUUACAAGGUGUUAGUCUUUUGAGCAUUUUAAUAUUUGUUUAUUAUUAAAUUGUCUCAUAAUGUCCUAGGCUUAAUUUGGCAUUCUGCCUUAACUAUGCUAUGCUGCAGAACGUUGGGAGUAAUAGCAAUUCCUCUGCUGCCCGUUAGUGGACAUUUAUUUGCUGCUUUACUCCAGCUUUACUCCAUUUGGAGUAAUUAGUGCUUAUGUUCUGUUAUUACAAAUC